UUUCAUAGUAAUGUAAUAGUAAUAAUAAUAAUAUACAACUGGCAGUGUCAACAAUAUGUGUACUGUUCCAAAUAACAAAAGUGAAAUUUAAAAUUUGCACAUUCAGCAGUGAACUUUUUACUGUAUAUCACUGGCAUGAAGACAAGUCGCAGUAGUAGACAUGUGCUGACCUAAUCAAAACAUAUACCAAUUACAGUUUUUGCAGCGCUCACCCCAAGCGUUGCAAGCCUCCGCAACACAGUUUCGCUGUGCUUUCACAAACAAUGAAUCUGCCAGGUGCAGCGUGAAAAGGGUGUAAGUGGAAGAACAUGACUUUCAUUUUCUCUUGAUGUCCCAAUUUUCAUACGUGUAAAAUGUGUAUUUAUUGUGAAUGGAGGUGACAAAUGGAAACACAGGGGUUAUCUUAUAAAGACCAUACAUAUGCUGAUUUUUUUUUCUUCAGGUCUCCAUUCUAUGGCCAAGGCAUCAUGGACGUUGUCAAUCCUGUUUCUGCUGGUGCUCCCAACUCCAUGGGUUGGCCCCAUGCCUACCCACCACCUCUGUGGCUCCCACCUUGUGGACGCCCUGUACUUUGUAUGUGGAGAGAGGGGCUUUUUCCACAGUCCGAGACGACUUCACAAGAGGGAGCUGGAGCACUUGCUCAGGUCCCUGUCGAAAAAGGCCAGACAAGAGAAGUGGCAGUGGAGGAAAUUUUCUGGAGGCGAUGAUUCCAAGGUGAAGAGAGGCAUCGUGGAGCAAUGCUGUUAUAAGCCGUGCAGCAUUUACCACCUGGAAGGCUACUGCGACUGAGCCGCUGACUCCACAUACAGAGCCACCUGUGAGAAAAGGUCCCUGAAGUCCAUGUUCGGUGAUGUACUGGCUGUGUUUGAAUGACAGUAAAUAAAGCUCCAUAACCCAUAACCCGAGGCUCUUCUGUGCAAAGAUGUGACUUUUGUUGGGAAAUGACGGGAUGUUGCAGAAACAUGAGUUUCUAUCAUUUCAACCUAUGACUGCGAUACGACAGUGCUCUCUGCUGGCCAGACACAGGCACGGCCAAUGUUGAAAUCUGGCUUUAUUUACAAGAAAGAAAGA